CACCUGGCUUAAAAGACAUGUUUCGCUACAAAAAUAUUUUUUUAAUAAAUCCACAGCCAUACAGCCUCUAUUAUUCAAAAAAACGUCAAGCUUUGCAAAAAAUGACAUAUCAUGCAAGCAAUUAACUUCAAGUAUUAGCAAAUGAGGAAAGACGUAGGCAAUAAAUUAUGAAAAUUCAAUUAUUUGAAAAUUACUCCAAUGGUGGCUUAUCAGCUAAGCAAAUAAUUUUUCGCGGUACGCUAGAUUUAUCGACCAAUAAUAAAAGUCUAACUUGGGAUCCUACUUUCUUCAGCGAAUUUGAGAGAGAUAAGUAAGGGCAUUGCUAAGAGCUACCAUCAGUUUAUUACAUACACUGCCGUGUGCUUACUGUGUUUCAGUACAAGUAUUAUACUUAUUCAGUCAACGCAGACUCUGAAGUUUUUAACCGUCUCUUAAUAUUCUAUUUUCUGAUAUUUUUCAUCCCGAAAUGGAAACUGAUCAUCGUCCAACCCCAAUGGUUCCUGCCGAGCUCGGUGCUGCAAAACUAAAACUAAAUGUCGCCUCUAACCGACAAAUAUCAUUUCCUAUUAAUGGAUUUGAAGGAAAGUGGGGUUUGAAACCCAGGGACUUGGCCGCGUCAGGUCUUUACCUUGGAGACGACGGUCAAACUUUGUACUGUGUUUUUUGCACCUACAAGGUCGCCCUCGAGCUAGCUGCUGGUGAACCGCUACACUCUGGAUGUGUUGUUGACAACAAAGAUAAUUUCGGCUUUCCUCUUGAUUCAAAAUUGAAUUUUGAAGCGCUAAGAUAUCUGACCUUUUUUGAUAGUGGUUGGGACUGCAAAUUUGUUAGUCCGGAACAACUAGCCGUUAGUGGUUUCUACUACCUUGGGAAGGAAGACGAGUGUCGCUGUGCGUUCUGCGGCCUGCUGGUAAGUGACUGGGAGGAGGGAGACACUCCGGAAAGUGAGCAUCAAAAAUAUAAUCCCAAGUGCCCAUUUCUGUUGGCACCAAAUGAGGUGCACAACGUCAAGAUCGGAGAUGAGAUCCUUGACAACAAUCAGGACUCUCGUAUUGCUGUGCUUAACACUGGAACCACUACUACUACUACUACCCAAACCACCACCACCACCUCCUAAGAAAUGAAAUUGCAUUUGUUACACCGAAAAAUCAAUAUUCAUCUUCACGUCUGAAUUUGACUAAAACUCCAUGAAAAGACCUAACACCAGCGCCAAAAUUUACUUACGUUAAAAAAAAUGCUGUUUGGAAAAAUCUAUAGUUGUUAUAAGCCGUUAUAAGCCCCGUUAAGCCCGCAGUGGUUUCCAAUAUAUCCCAAUAGGGUUUUUGUAAGUCGAUCUUGGUCCAAGGCGAGGAAAAUUUGGAUAUAUAUGGAUCAAUUGAGAAACUUCUUGUAUCAUAUUUCUAGUUUCUGUGUAUGCAAAAUUGCAGAUUGUUUAAAAUUUUAUAUUUUUGAUAAUUUUUUUAAUAAAAUGCUUGCGUGUGUACCAUAAAAUGCAAA